UCAUCGGUAACAGCUCCCUCUGCCCCAGCCCCGAACCCCGCGGCCGCUUUAACCGCGGUGGACGUGAGAUUUUUCUCUCCUCCAAUCUGGAGACCUAGAUGCUGGCGCAGGAACCAAAACCCGAGGGCCACGGAGACGCCAGAAGGGCGAGAGAUCCCGCCUCUCCAGCACCGGGAGGGGGGAGACCCCUGGGCGAAGACCCCCCGGUGCCCCUCACAUGGCCCCCUCUCCAGGCAUCCCGGGUCACUUCCCGCCGUCCCCUCCCCAGCUUCCUCGCCCCUGCCCCUGGCGACUCUCCCGGGGUUUCCUUUGUCCCCCACACGCCCUUGCCCGCCGAGCGUCCAGAGUUCGCUCCUUGGCCUGGUCCCCCCGCCCCCCAGGACCUUCUCUCGUCCCCUGCCGGAGUUUCUCCGGUGCGCACCCCACCCUCUCCCGGGUCUCCGUGUCCCCUCCCCGCCCCGCCCCCGUUUUUAAACCUGGCGCCGAGCGCGCGGGUCAGGGAGCGCCCUCGCCCGAGCGGUUAAAGGCGCGGCCCAUCGCGGGCGCCGUGUCUUCCGAGGGCACCAUGAGACCCGAGGCGGCUGCCGGAGCCCCGGAGGCGCGGGGACGCGUCUGUCACUGCGCCGGGGACGGCCCCCGGGGACCACCGGCGCCGCGCGGGCCCGAGAGCCAAAUUCCAUGGAGACCUUGGACCCUGACCCCUCAGGAAGCUGAGCCUACUAGAACUGGAAGUGAGCUUGAGCCUGAGGGUGAUCAAGAAACCUUUGGAUCGAAGGGGGCCUUUGGGUUUCAGCAUCCUGUCAGACUCUACUUGCCCAUCUCUAAGCGUCAAGAGUAUCUGCAGCGCUCCGGGGAGAAGGUGCUGGCCAGUUUCCCUGUGCAAGCCACCAUCCACUUCUACAAUGAUGAGUCCGACUCAGAGGAGGAGCUGGAGGAAGACACCCAGCUCUCCGCCCUGCAGCGGGAGGAGGUGGCCGACGGCUCAGAGGGAAAGGCCGGAGACGGGGCGGCAAGCCCAGCAAGGCAACCCGGGGGCCUCGAUGGGAGGGGUCCACCCCCCGACCCUGUCUCCCCCGAGGCUGCUGCCUGCCCCUCUCGCGUGUAAGUCUGUCUCUCCUGCACCAGCCCGCCUCGCACGUGCCCUGGGGACAGCCCUGCGGGACAGCCGCCCCUGGACACUUCACGUUUCCACUGGGCCUACAAGGACUUGGCUGUCUUUGGCCAGCACUCCACCAGCCCCCAGGACCCAGCUUUUACUCAUCCUCCUCUGAGUGAUUCUUUGCGUCUCAUUCAUAGCUUCCAGAGAGGAUUCUACAUCCAAGAUGUUUGCAUUAAUGCAGGUUGUUAUCCGGUAGGGCCCACUUUCAAAGCACACCCAGCAGUGUCACUGUGCAGAUCAAAUGACAAAUCAUUCCCACAUCGAUUAGUACCCCGCCCUCACCUCUCACUUAAACUGAGACCCCUCAUUUGGCUACAUCCAUGUUUGUAAACAAAGGUCCCAGCAGUCAAAGCUAUGGUUUCUCCGGUAGUCAUGUACAGAUGUGAGAAAUGGACCAUGAAGAAAAUUGAGUGCUGAAGAAUUGAUGCUUUUGAACUGUGGUGCUGGAGAAGACUCUUGAGAGUCCCUUGGACUGCAAGGAGAUCAAACCAGUCCAUCCUAAAGGAAAUCAGUCCUGAAUAUUCACUGGAAGGACUGAUGCUGAAGCUGAAACUCCAAUACUUUGGCCACCUGAUGCGAAGAACUGACUCAUUAGGAAAGACCCUGAUGCUGGGAAAAGAUUGAGGGCAGGAGGAGAAGGGGGUGACAGAGGAUGAGAUGGUUGGAAGGCAUCACCAACUCAAUGGACGUGAGUUUGGGCAAACUCCAGGAGAUAAUGAAGGACAGGGAAGCCUAGGGUGCUGCCGUCCAGGGGGUUGCAGAGUCAGACACGACUGAGCAACUGAACAACACCAACAACUUUUAUAAAAAUGAAUUAUUGUUCAAGGUUGAUGUGGUUGUUUAGGCAUUCUGAAAAAAAGUUUAGGAAAAGCACAUAAGCACACUGAACAAUUUCCAUAAGAGUAACAAAAAUAAAAGAUCAGAAUUUGGGGAUGGGAGACCAUUCUGGAUAAAAAUGUCUAUGAUUCUUGUCUAAGGGCUGUGUAUAUGAACAGAAGAGCUUACUAGCUCUUCACUGAGGACUGCUUUGGGCUUUUUACUUGAAUAACAAAACACUGUUUUCGAUCAAAGUACUUAAUGUAAUAUUAUUUUCAGGUUUUUAUUUUUUGAUGACCAAAUGAGUGUAUUUGUCAAAGUUUUUUAUGGAACUAUUUUACAUGUGAUUGUCUUUAGUUUCUACCUGAAAUAAAUAUUUUGAAAGACAAAAUCAUUUGAUAAUCACCUUCUGUUUGAUGUUUUACAUUAAAUUGGUUCCUGCUUUAAAGUU